AUGGCACCAACAAGGAAACAGGCAAGGACACCAAGACUUUCCACGCAUGAAUCCUUGAUUCGGAAUCUGCAGCAUCUUGCCCAAGUUGCUCAGACAUUGAGCAACACAAUCCUACAACCACCACCACCAAAUAGAAACUCAGAAGUAGACCGCCAAGUCUCCAAACACCGACCGCCUACCUUCUCAGGGGAGGAAGACCCCACAAUUCUCGAGGAAUGGAUCAGAACUUUUGACAAAAUAUUCAAAGCAGUAGGGUGCCCAGAAGGCCUCCAAGUAGAAACGGCAUCCUUCUACCUCAAACACGAGGCUGACCUCUGGUGGGCCCACAAUGGACCCAGCUACAAGCAAAAACCCGGAUUCAACUGGGAGGCCCUAAAAGAGCAUUUACGGGAGCGGUUCUACCCUAGUCACAUAAGGGCAGCCAUAUACGAAGAAUUCCUACACCUAAAACAGGGAGCAACCCCAAUCACAGAGUAUUACCAACAGUUCCUCAAACUAGCUCGCCUCACACCCGAGCUAGUACCUACAGAGUCAACCAAGAUCGAGAAAUUUAUGACGGGCCUCGACCUCGAAAGCCGGAAAGGCCCUAGCCCUACGCAAACCAAGAACUCUCGAAGAAGCCUAUGCCAAGGCAUUCCAGCUACAACAAAUACCGAGCGACCCACAAGAAACACAUCUAGGGCACAAGAGAAAAAUCGAAGAAAAUAA